GACACACACAGCCGCCAUUGACAUAGCUCUGGUUUUGCUGGCCAAAUUCCAGAGCAUCUCUUCGUCUUGUCAUGUACUCUUGUAUUUGAUGGUAAGUUAUUAUCUCUACUUUCUUAAUAUUGCCUGUCUUUGCAUGAUUAUACAAAUACUAUAAUCUGUCAAUCCCCUGAAGCUCACUAAAAUAUCUCAUUAAUUGAGCAUAUGUGAUUGAGAAAUGUAUCGAAAAUGACUUGCACUCCUUAUUUACCAUGUUGAUCUUGCAUGUCUUGUGCGGAGCAAUAAGCUAACAUCAAGAUCUGGUUAUAGCAGUGCAAUUGAUAAACUUGAACAUCUUCACACAUAAACAAAAAUGACUACAGAGCCCACCCUCCCCAUCCCGAUCUCGUAUAUCGCGGGUAACUACUAUCUCUUCUCUAUUGAUGCCGUCACGUAUUUGAGACGGGAGCAUCACAUCUGUGGUGUUCUGAUUGGCACUCUGCCGCAAAUCCCACAACAAAAUGUCUUCUUGGGAUUGCCGCUGGAGCUGAUGCCGGAGGAGGCGAGGCUGCUGGUGGAGAAAGGUGUAGCUUGCAUUGUAGACGAGGUAAAAGUUCAGAACCAAGGCAUGAAAGCCCUUAUGGAGGCAGAUCGCCAGAAGUAUCUCCGUGAGCUAGAAUCCCAAGGCCUCCAAGCUAUGCGGCUGCAAGCCAGCCGGAAAGAGCAACAGAGAGAGAAAACGUUAAAGAAAUUAGAAGAAAAGAAAGCCAAAGCUGCCAAAUCAAAGAACUCCUCUGAGGAUCCUGAACCCGCACCUGCUGUCGCUGAUGGGUCUAAGGAUGACCCAGUGGUGGACCUUUUCACAGACAGUCAACCGUCAAGCCAUAGUCAAACCACCUCUCGACGUACUUCGACGACUGUCGCCCCGGAUAAUGCCAUGGGUAUCACGCCCGCAACGGCCCGUCCGCCUCUCCCAGCGGAGCCCUCGGCUGAGCAGCUGCUGCCAAUGCCUCAGGUUCCCUCGUCUUAUCCCUUGUUCGCUCAUCUUCAUGCCGAGGGUUAUUUCCUGUCCCCCGGUCUUCGAUUCGGCUGCCAGUACCUUGCCUAUCCGGGUGAUCCCUUACGAUUCCACUCUCAUUUCUUGGUUGUCUCAGCCGAAUGGGACGAAGAGUUCGAUUUGAUGGAAAUUAUCGCCGGAGGUCGAUUGGGUACUGGCGUGAAGAAGGGAUUUAUGAUUGGAGGUGCUGAGAAGAAGGAGAACACUGCGGAUGAAGAGAGUGUGAGGACUUUCAGCAUUGAGUGGGCAGGAAUGUGAGAUUAUUGGCCUGGAUUAU